AUGUCAAGACUAUUAUCGCUUAUUCUUCAACCUGUUAGUAUUGCAUUUAUUGUUUUAGGAUUUUUAGUAGAUCGUUGGGGAUGUGGUCGAUUACUCGAUUCUUGUUUACAUUAUUAUAAAACUGCUACAAUCAUGUUAAUGUUAUUCUUAAUUAUUGGUAUGUCAUUUUUAAUUGUUGCAUUUUCACUUGACUUAGCAACAAUUAUCUCUUCAUCAUUAGAUUUAAAUGCAACAUACAAUUCUAUUAAAUUAAUUUUAUUACUUGUUGGUUUAACUGGAAUUUUUUCAGGUAUUUUAAUUUGUGCUAUUAAAAUAGAACGGGAUUAUUCUCAAUUAAUAUGUGUUAUUGGUAUUGUCAUAGCUUGUCAAGUUGCUUUACUUAAUUUAUUUUUAUAUCCUUGUUUUUUCGAGAAGAAACCUAAAGUAAUAGUAGCAGAAGCAGUAGCUAAGUAAAUGAAUAUAUAUAUAUAUAUGUGAAUUAAUACUCUCUGUUAGUUACU